AUGGUUCUCUCAGUUCAAAGAGGUGGACUUUGCCCGUGCAGGUAACAAGGCAACAUUCACAGUGAGCCUGGACACAGGGCCCCUGGAGCAGUUUCCCCACUCCAUGGAGCCUCAGUUACGGCAGCUGGGAUUGCCAACGGCUUUGAAAAAAGGAGUCGUGACACUGCUUUCCGAUUAUGAAGUCUGCAAGGAAGGGGAUGUUCUGACCCCUGAACAGGCUCGUGUCUUGAAACUCUUCGGCUAUGAGAUAGCAGAGUUUAAAGUGACCAUCAAGUGCAUGUGGCAUUCUGAGACCGGAGACUUCCAGCAGUUAGUGAAAGAGACAGAAGAAACCUCAGAGAUGGAGGAGGACGACGAUGAAGAAAAUGACAAUUAACUGAAAGACCCGCUAUAGGACAUUAGAGACAGUUUGUUCUAUUUCAAGAAUAGUCCACUGAAGCCCAUGGGUACUCUCCCUCAGGUGCAGCAGGACAAAGUUGAUCAACCCACAGACUUGCUAUUUAUCAAAGAUGAUGCAAAUGGUUUAUAUAUAAAAUUAAGUAGAAAUUUGGGAUUCCUGCCUGUGCCACCUCUGACUGCCUCUUUAAGCAUCCCUGGGCCAGGAGGAAAUGUGCAGCACCUGAGAGCAGGCUAAAGUAAAACCCUUUCCACUCUGUG